UUGGGUUGGGCUAUCAACUAUCAAGGACCAAAGAAAAUAAAAGCAACAAGUCUAAGUAUUCUAAUAGUUUUGUCUGAAAUUAAGGAAAACAAAAUCAUUAAAAUGAAGGAUUCGGAUGCACCGGAUACUGACGUAAUAUUCGGACAUAGAGUCUGCCAGACAGCCAACGCAAAAUGGCUAUGUAUCGAUCAUAUUUAUCAAAAGCUUCAUCGACCAAAUUUAUAUGACAUCGGCGGCACCUAUGCAGAAGAUGUUGCAGAUUACUGGUUCAUAUACAGGACUGAAAUGAUAGCUGAUAUUCAUCUAUUACACCUUUUCAUUAACAAUCGCACUGUAGGUUCCUUCGAUGUGUCUGUCAGCAGUAGCAAUGAUUUAUCAUUUAAGAAGAAGUAUAACCAGGCAUUUCUCACAUCAACUCUCAAAACAUAUAAAUUCGAUAAUCGUAAAGAAAUGUCACAAAACUAUAUUACAACCUAUGAUUUCUCUGUAAUAGAUGUUGAAAUGUUGAUGAAUAUGAAAUUUUACAUAGCAGUAUCAUUUGAACAUAAAUUAUCACCCCAGAGCAUAUCUGAUAGAAUAUCAACAAUCUAUGAUUUUAAGCCUAUGUUAAGUGAUCCAGUAGGAUCAGAUUUUGUUAUAGAAUGUGCAGAUGGUGCUAAAUUCAACGUUCACAAAAUUCUACUGAGCACCAACAGUGAGGUGUUUAGGGCAAUGCUUAAAGAGAACACAGCAGAGAGCCAAAAUAGUUAUUUGAAAAUGGUUGACGUGGGUAAAGAGGACCUCCAGUAUAUUUUGGAAUUUAUUUAUACAGGCAGUAUAGAAGAUUUAGACAAUGCCAACUUUUUUAACCUCUUGACAUUGAGUGAAAAGUAUAAUCUCACCGGCUUAAAAGAAUUAUCUGAGCAUGUUCUUGCUGGUCAACUCACAAUAGAUAAUUGUAUAGAAACUUUGGCUGUUGCAGAUUUUCAUAAUUCUGAAGGCUUAAAAUUGACAGCAUUAAAAUUCAUAAAGCGUAAUAAAGUUGCUAUCCACAGUGAGAUGUUUCAAGAGCUCAACAAUGCUGAAUUAAUUAAAGAACUAUGUCAGUUCCUUGUACCUUGUUUAUAAAUACUGUAUUCAUUAUAUUUUAUGUCUCUGUUAUUUAUUUUUAUUAAUAUUGUUUUAUGUGAUAUUAUGUUAUGCAAUGUAUAUAAAAAAUAUAGAAAAUGUAUACAUAUAACUUAAAAUAAACUUUAUUGAAUUUAAAACAAU